AUGACUGGUCCAAGUCAGGAGGCGUUACUGGCCUACAAAGCAUACUUCGAACAGGAUCCAAGCACCUGCUACUACCUACCAUUCCUCAAACACCUUAUUUACUUCCUCAUGGACGAAUUCGACAUCGGAAUCAAUCCAAAUAUUCUACCUUCGAACCCAAAUGACGAAACGAUGGCGGAGGAAAGCUUCCGGGCGCAGGUGAUAGAUCGCUUGUUGGACGAGUUUGUGCAGGAACUCGGGGAUCCUCUUGCCGACUCGACCUUUCAAGAAGGCGAUGACGAUAAAGGGGAAGAACCGCUUAGUGGGUACGCAUAUAAGAGGAUCUUGGAGGUCUUUUACUUCUGCUUGAACCGGCAACCGCGGGUGCCUUCAGAUGCAAACCGUGACCCGAACACUCUCACAGCCCAAGCAGUGAGAAACAGAAGGUGGAAAGUUGAUAUGGACAAACGAUUUGAGCAAGGAAAGCGUGCAAUCUUGAAAGCAGCCGCUAGGACUAGCGAAGAAUAUUCAACGAUUACAGAUUUUAUCUCAAAAUCGGAAUCAGAGAUAGUGACCUGGACAGAUCAGGCAACAGAUGACUGCAGACAACCGCACGUCCCUCCCAACCUCGGAAAAUUUGACAGGUCAACCCUGGCUCAACAACCCAGAGUUCAAACCAGGCUUCUAGAAGCCAUUGACCCUGGUUCAGGGAUACCGUUACCUCCUUCACUCGAACUCGAGCCUCUCAAACGUCACGAAAUCCUUGAACAUUUGGUCGCUAAAGUUGAAGAAUUACAUGCUGAAAGAUACCAAGAGAUUCUCAAAGACAAGUACAGAGAAUCUCUAUGUACGAUGCUCGAACGUAACCUUGUCCCUGGUGUAAGGGCUAUCUGUGAGAGCGGUUUAUUUUCUCUUGAAGGGUAA